CCUCAGCCGACGGCCGACCACCAUCUCCGACGCCAGACCUCCGCUAUUCCAACGGCAGAGAGCGCAGCCCCAGACCUUCAUCUACACGGUGGAAUCCCCAAUUUGUGGCCAAGGUGACGAAUGUCAUUUAUAGGAUUAGUCUAUGGCUUCUGGAUCUGAUCGGGCUGUUAUACUGAAAUCAGAGAUAUAUGGCUCACAAUAAUCUAGGCCCACUGGUCAAGACAGUGGUGACCAUGUGUAUUCAUUGUACGAGGAGAUUUUAUGCAACAUCAAAUGUUGCAUAUGCUGAAUCAAGAGAUAUAUUGGCUACAUGGAAUGACAAAGAUCAGCUAACACAAGGAACACAUGGCUUGAGUACUAUGGUUAUUAACUCUCAGUUGAAGGAUCUGAUCAAUAAAGGACAUCUUUGGAAUGCUCGUGAGAUGUUUGAUAGAAUGCCACAUAGAGAUGAAGUCUCAUGGACCAACAUGAUUGCUGGUUAUGUCAAUGCUUCUUAUUCGCUUGAAGCAUUAUCUUUGUUUCAUGAUAUGUGGGCCUAUCAGAAUAUUCAUAUGGACCCAUUCAUACUCAGUCUUGUACUAAAGGCAUGCGGGAUCAGCGCAGAUGUUAAGUAUGGAGAACUUGUUCACGGAUAUGCUGUAAAAAGUGGUCUUGUGAAUUCUGUUUUUGUGGGAAGCUCACUUCUUAAUAUGUAUAUGAAAUUGGGAAAAGUUUGGGAAGGUUGCAGACAUUUUGAUGAGAUGCCUAACAAGAACAUAGUUUCUUGGACUGCUGUAGUGACUGGACUUGUUCAUAUGGGCUACAACAACGAGGCAUUGAUGUAUUUCUCUGAAAUGUUGGAAGAUGGAAUAAAAUAUGAUUCAUAUGCUUAUGCCAUUGCAUUAAAAGCCUGUGCUGAUAUGGAGUAUCUGAAUUAUGGAAGGGAAAUUCAUGCUCGGAUUGUGAAGGAAGGCUACGGCACAGGAUCUUAUGUGGCUAAUAGUCUCUCUACAAUGUACAAUAAAUGUGGGAUGACGUAUCAUGGGAUGUGCUUGUUUGAAAAAAUGAGUUUGAAAGAUGUAGUCUCUUGGACGACUAUAAUCACAACACAUGUCCAGUCCGGUCAAGACAAACUGGCAAUCCAAGCAUUCUUGCGAAUGAGGGACUGCAACACGCGUCCUAAUGAGUACACCUAUGCAGCAAUCAUUGCUGCUUGUGCUAACCUUGCAAGACUUGAUUGGGGCAAACAACUGCAUUCCAUUGUAUUACAUACAGGUUUUGUAGCUUAUCCAUCUGUGGUAAAUUCGGUCAUGACAAUGUAUUCAAAAUGUGGGUUGUUAGAUUCAGCUUCCACGGUGUUUAAUACAAUGAACAGGAGAGAUAUUGUUUCUUGGAGCACUAUUAUUGCAGGAUAUGCUCAAGCUGGACGUGGUGAGGAUGCUUUCAAAGUUCUCUCCUGUAUGAGAAGGGAUGGAACAAGGCCUACAGAGUUUGCCCUUGCUAGUGUAUUGAGUGUUAGCGGAAAUAUGACAUGUCUCUAUCAAGGGAAGCAACUACAUGCUCAUGUCCUUAUUAUUGGUUUGGAUCACACUGCAUUGAUACAUAGUGCUUUGGUAACUAUGUACUCAAAAUGUGGAAGCAUCAUAGAAGCCUCAAAGAUUUUCCGUAUGGCGCGUUGCAAUGAUAUAGUCUCAUGGACGGCUAUGAUCACUGGAUUUGCUGAACAUGGGAAAAGCAGAGAAGCUAUUGAUUUAUUUGACAAAACAUCUGAGGCUGGUUUGAAACCGGAUUCAGUAACCUUUGUUGGAGUUCUCACCGCUUGUAGCCAUGCUGGGUUGGUUGAUCUAGGUUUUCAUUACUUUAAUGCAAUGACUAGGGACUUCAAGUUAAGUCCUUCGAAAGAACACUACGGGUGCAUGAUUGAUCUUCUUUGCCGAGCUGGACGAUUAUGUGACGCAGAGAACAUGAUCAAUAACAUGCCAUUUAAAAAGGAUGAUGUUGUUUGGUCAACUCUUCUUAGGGCUUGCAGAGUACAUGGUGAUGUUGAACGUGGAAGACGUGCUUCAAAACAGAUUCUCGAACUGGAUCCGGACUCUGCCGGGGCUCAUAUCACCCUGGCUAACAUAUAUUCUUCUAAGGGGAAGUGGAGGGAAGCAGCAGAACUGAGGAAACUGAUGAGGUCAAAAGGAGUUAUCAAAGAGCCCGGGUGGUCUUGUUUGAAACUCAAGGCUGAGAUGCAUGCAUUUGUUGCUGGGGACAAAACACACCCAGAAAGUGAAUGCAUCUAUAACAUUCUAGAGUUACUGACUUCAAGAACUGAACAAACUUCCCUGGAAAUUGCCUGUCUUAUGGAUGGCUAGUCAAAUCCUGUGCCAUUUUAUCAAUCGAAAGGAGUCAAAAGUUGUGCGUCAAGAUUAUCUGAACACUAAGUGUAAUGGUGACUUAGUGUGGGACCGGGUUGAUCUAUGAAGUCUUGUCCACUCGCAGCAGCGUUGUAGAAUGCCUGGCAAGGAUUUUAUUGAUUACAGGCUUACAGCUAUAACUACAAGUGUCCAUUUCUCGGUCAAGCUACAAGUUGCACUUGUGCCCGCAAGAACCCCACGACCCUGAUAUAAAAUAGCCACGCCCGGGUUCAUUGUACUUCUUGAAUCUCAUUCAGAGCAUUCAUCAGAAAUUUUUUAUUCCUGUGGUGGCAAUGUAGAACUGCGUCUGAGAUCUCAGACAUUCAACUCUAACCCUAUCAAUGAAAGGACAACCAAUCUUUGGGUGUGAAUGGUGCCUCUCUUCUGGGUUUGUUAAAGACAAAUGCAAACUAAUGACAAGGAGCAAUGCACUCUAUAAGUCAAAGACAUUUUUGACAAUCACAGAAAUAAUUACCUGCAGAAAUUUGAAGUCCUUCCCGCUGCAGCCUUCAUAACGAACAAUGAGAUGAACAAUCAAUCUUUUUUCUACUCUCUAGUGCCGUAAAAUAACUAGGAAGCACAAACCUGCUCAAAAGAAGAUGGGAAACUGUUAAAAGUAAUACUCUUCCCUUGUUCUGCAGCCUGCAUUCAUCUCCGAUAUAGAAUGAAUGCCCGCAAACGGGUCCGUAACAUUUCCCAGUAUGAGACUCCUCUUCCAAGUGUCUUUUUCUUUCUUCUUAUUUGUAUUUAGAGCUGUCUAUAUUGACAUUGGUAGUCAUGCAAAGCAUCUGAUACUGCAUAUACACAACUUUAUCAUCAUUCAUUUAUUUGAUGCAUCCAUUUUUAUUAAAUACUUCAUCCAUCC